AUGGAGAAAACACCGCCCUCGUCCUCACCAGACCUCGAAGCCCCCGGCAUCCCCGCCAAACAGUCCAGCGUCGCCCAACGAUGGAAGGAGAAUCUGACACCCACACACGCAGACUUGGUCUGUCUGAUGCUCACUUUUCUCACCGGUCUAUGCGAUAGUAGCGCUUAUAAUGCGUGGUCCUGUUUCCUUGGAAUGCAAACUGGAAACACCAUUUUCCUCGGUCUCGGCGCCUCCAAUCAACCAAACAACAAGCCAUGGGGCUGGCUCAAGUCCUUUGUCUCGAUCUCAUCCUUCUUUUUCGGCGCGAUGAUCUUCUCGAUCGCAAUGCGCAGCGUCGGCGCCCUCCGUCGCGGAACCAUGUUUAUUUCGUUCUUCGUGCAGACCAUCCUCAUCAUCAUCGCCGUCGCAUUAAUCGAAGCCGACCUCAUCCCCCACACCUCCUCUGACGCCACCCUAACCGGCGGCUCGCUUUUCCUCGAGUUGAUCCCUAUCGGCCUGCUGGCCUUCCAAUCCGCUGGCGGAAUGACAUGCAGUCGUGCGUUGGGCUACAAUGAGAUCCCGACCGUGGUCUUGACGAGUGUUUACUUUGAUAUUGCUUCCGACCCGAAGAUCAUUGAUAAGCCGACUGCAAAUGCUAAGCGCAACCGUCGUAUUGGCGGCGUUGUGUCUCUGCUUAUCGGUGCUAUUGUCGGUGGUUGGUUGAGUCGUAGCAGUGGUGGUAUGCAAUCUGCCCUGUGGAUGGCUGCUGGUAUGAAGUUUGUUGCUGCCAUUGCGUGGUUGUUCUGGAAGGCUGCCCCGGCGAAAUAG